ACUAGGGAAAUAUUGAUAUAGUAAUCUACUUAUUACUUUAAAGAUAACUGAGUUAAUUACGAUUGCUAGAAGGAGGGAUUAAAUAUGUUCUGAAAAAAUUUUCUUUCAUAUUUACCAUGUUUAUGCGCGAUACGCAACGGUUAUUAGGAUCUACUAUUGCUAAUAAAAAUUUCCUCUCGGAUAUCCAUGGCUGGGAGAAAAGAAUGUCAACAUGGGUUACAAAACAAUUCGAUAGUGAUAUGGAGAGAGUUGAAAUGUCAAUUCCCAUUAUUGAGAAACCAGAUGAGCUUCUUCUCAAAGUUAAGACAGCUAGCGUAAACCUAAUUGAUACUGUAAUGCGGAAAGGAUAUGGACGACAAUUAUGUUCAGCAGUAAAAAAUUUCCGAAAUUGUUCAGUCGAUCCCACAACACUGUUACCAUUUAUUGGUGGACGAGAUUGUAGUGGUAUUGUUGAAGAGACUGGUAGAAACGUGAAAAGAUUCAAGAAAGGUGAUGAGGUAAUUGCUGUUGUUGAUCCGUUUAGUUCAGGAACACAUGCAGAAUUCGUCGUGGUAAACGAAUCAAAUUGUGUCUCAAAGCCGACUAAUAUAUCGUAUAUUGAUGGUGCCGCAUUCCCAUAUACAGCUUGUACCGCUUGGUCAGCACUAGUUUCGGUAGCUCGAAUUAAUUCAAAUAAUGCUGCAUCGCAACGUGUACUGAUACAUGGCGGUGCUGGUGGUGUUGGAACAACAGCGGUGCAAAUGCUGAAAGCAUGGAAUAUUAACAAGGUGGUGGUAACAUGCUCGAAUGAUUGUUUUGAUAUGAUGCAAAGACUUGGAGCUAUACCGAUAGAUUAUAAAAGUCGAGAGGCUUUGGAAAAGUUAAUCAGUGAAGGACCAUUUGAUGUAGUGCUGGAUUGCGCUCAAUCGGAAUUGACAGAAUGGAGCAGUAAAGUAAUGGGAUUAUGGCGCAAUAGUGUGCAUGUUUCUCUUUUGAGCCCACUUCUCAGUGAUACUGAUAGGUAUGGAAUACCAUUUGGGAUUGCAUCAACUGCUGUAAAGUAUUUCCUGAGAGCAACAUUGCCAGCAAUUCGACGUGGACAGUGGUAUUCAUAUGCGUUUUUUGCCCCACAUCCAGAAUGUAUGCAGCAAAUUUCGGAAUUUCUGAAGGACGGCAAGAUGAAGCCAGUGAUUGAUCAAAUUUUUAAAUAUGAUGAACUUCCGAUGGCUUAUGACAAAGUGUUGAAAAAAAGGGGAAGAGGCAAAACGAUUAUCAAUAUGAGUGAAAGUUAACCAUUGUAUAGUAUUCGUCGUGAAUAUAAAUAUAAAACAAUCUGAAUUAUAAAAGAUCUUUGUCUACUUAAACAUUAUAAUGGAAAGC